CCAGGUUAGGCCAAAGCCAUUGCUUUUGAAGUUGUUAAAGACUGUUGGUGCACAAAAAGAUACUUACACUAUGAAAGAGGUUAUAUUUUAUCUUGGCCAGUAUAUUAUGACUAAAAGAUUAUAUGAUGAGAAGCAGCAACAUAUUGUUUAUUGUUCAAAUGAUCUUCUUGGAGAUUUGUUUGGAGUGCCAAGCUUCUCUGUGAAAGAGCACAGGAAAAUAUACACAAUGAUCUACAAAAACUUGGUAGUAGUAAAUCAGCAAGAGCCAUCAAACUCUGGAACAUCCAUGAGUGAGAAUGGUUGUCCUCUUGAAGGUGGGAGUGAUCUAAAGGACCCUAUGCAAGAACUGCAAGAAGAGACGCCUUCAUCUUCAGAGUUGGCUUCUAGACCCUCUACCUCAUCUAGAAGGAGAACAAUUAGUGAGACAGAGGAAAACUCAGAUGACUUAACUGGUGAACGACAGAGAAAGUGCCACAAAUCCCUUUCCUUUGAGGAAAGCCUGGCUCUGUGUGUGAUACGGGAGCUGUGUUGUGAAAGAAGCAGUGGCAGCGAGUCCACAGAGUUCCCCUCAAAUCAGGAGCUUGAUGAUGGUGUAAGUGAAGAUUCGGGUGAUUGGUUGGAUCAAGACUCAGUUUCUGAUCAAUUUAGUGUAGAAUUUGAAGUUGAAUCUCUUGAUUCAGAAGAUUAUAGUCUUAGUGAAGAAGGUCAAGAACUCUCACAUGAAGAUGAUGAGAUUUAUCGAGUCACAGUGUAUCAGGCAGGACAGAGUGAUACAGAUUCAUUUGAAGAGGAUCCUGAAAUUUCUUUAGCGGACUAUUGGAAGUGUACUUCCUGUAAUGAAAUGAAUCCUCCACUUCCACCACAUUGCAACAGAUGUUGGGCCCUUCGUGAGAACUGGCUUCCAGAUGAUAAAGGGAAAGAUAGAGGGGAAAUCUUUGAAAAAGCCAAACUAAAAAUCUCGGCUCAGACAGAAGAGGGCUUGGAUGUGCCUGAUGGUAAAAAAACUGCAGUGAACGACUCCAGAGAGACAUGGAUUGAGGAAAAUGAUGAUCAAGUCAUGCAAGCCUUCCAGUCUCAAGAAAGUGAAGAGCAUUCUCAGCCAUCGACUUCUAGCAGCAUGAUUUGUAGCAGCCAAGAAGACUUUAAAGAGGUGGAGAAAGAAGAAACACAAGACAAGGAAGAAAGUAUGGAGUCUAGUUUCCCCCUUAAUGCCAUUGAGCCUUGUGUGAUUUGCCAAGGUUGACCUAAAAACGGUUGCAUUGUUCAUGGCAAGACAGGACAUCUUAUGUCGUGCUUCACAUGCGCAAAGAAGCUCAAGAAAAGGAACAAGCCCUGCCCAGUGUGCAGACAGCCCAUUCAAAUGAUUGUUCUUACCUACUUCAACUAGCGACCUCUCCAGAAAACAGUCUGUAUCUCUUAACUACAUAACCCGAAAAGUUUAGACCACAUGGACUUUACUUAUAUUUACAUACCACAGCAAGGAAAAUCUUAGUCUAUGUAAAUUUAUUUGUAGUAUAAUUUAUCCCCCUUGGGAGUAAGAAUUGUGAAAAUUCCUUUUAGGAAAAUUUCACUUCUGUUUCUAUUUAUGUUUGGGUUUUAAUGUAAUUUACAUGGA